AUGAAUUUAAUAGGCGGGAAAGUCUUAGUUUCCAUUUAAAAGGAGGGACUUGGGAGCAGAAAUGUUCAGCAGAACAAGUAGCAGAGUAAGUUUCGCUUUCAGCUGUGGAAUGAGGAAGAGGCAAGUCUAGAGAAUGCUUCUGUCAAACAGACAGAUGGAGGGGAGAAUGUUCUUUGCUGCGGACACUCAAAUGAUGUGACAGAGGAAGCAUGAUAUGUACACGCUGGAUGUCUCUGAGUAUGCUCGUUGACAUGAAAAAAGCAUGUGUGCCCAGGAGCUUGUGCUAAAACAACGGACACAGAUACUGCAUGCACUGUGCAGCAGUGGAUCAGCAGAACAUCUGGAGCAGGUCCUGGACAUACUUUUUGCCCAAGGAGAGCUCAUAUGGGAGGAUUAUCAGAAUAUACAGGUUCCAGGCAGGGCACUGUACACCAACGCCAGGCAGUUGCUCGACUUGGUUUAUACAAAGGGUGUGCAUACCUGUGGAAUCUUCCUUGCUGCUCUCGAACAGGUCCUGCCUGAAGAACGGGGAGAUGGCAUCUCAUUUUCUGGAUGCUGUUCUGAACUAAAGGAAAAAGAUGAAAACCAGAACACAUCUGCUCAAACUCUAUUGACUCAAAGACCAAUUCUGGUCAGUAAGCUCCAAGGCUGCAUUGAAGAUGCUCUAAAGACUCUUGUUGUAUCGGGACACUUCACUUCAGCAGACAGCCAUGAGGUGCUUGUGCCUUUAUACACGCCCUCUCAGCAGGCCAGGCGUUUGCUUGAUCAUGUUAGAUCCAAAGGAGAAUCAGCUGUGAAUGUUUUGCUGCAGUACAUUCAGCAAAAACAAGACUCUGGUUUGCCACUGAACCAGGAGAAAUUGAGUCUUCCUAAAGAAUUCAUAAGGUAUCAGAAGAAGCUCAGCAGUUCUUUGUCAGCUCAGUCCUGCUUUCUCAGUACAUAUGGUGGGACGAGUCACAUGUCACUGGAUGACAUCUACACUGAAGGCCAGCUGGAACUAGCUCAUCACUGUGUUGAUGUCCAAAGACCUUUGGGCCUGGAGGACAUUGUUGGUGCGGUGGGUACAGUGAAUGAGGAGGCUGAUACGGUGCUUGUGUCUGGGGAGGCAGGCAGUGGGAAGAGCACCUUACUCCAGAGGCUGCACUUGCUUUGGGCUCGGGGGGCAGCCUUCCAGGACUUUCUUCUUCUGUUUCCAUUCAGCUGUCGUGGGCUAUACUCACAGCAAAGGGAACUGUCUGUCCAAGAACUGCUCUUUCAGCACUGCUGCUGGCCAGACCGUGAGCAGGAAGAGAUUUUCCAGUUCAUCCAAGACCAUCCACAUCUCAUCCUCUUCACUUUUGAUGGUCUGGAUGAGCUACAGCAAAGCUUUUCAGAUGAGCACAGGCUCUGCUGCCCCACCCAGCGUGCACCUGUUCACAUACUGUUGUUCAACUUAAUCCAGGGCUCCCUAAUGAAGGGAGUACGGAAAGUGGUUACUAGUCGCCCAGAGGCAGUGGGCCCAGUUUUGAAGAAACACCUUCGCAAAGAGGUCUUCCUGAAAGGCUUUUCACCAAGUGGGAUUGACUGUUUUGUGAGAAAACAUCACAGCGAUCCCUCUGUGGCUGCUAAGGUUUUGGAGUCCCUACAGACAAACACUGCAUUACUUGGACUGUGUCAUAGUCCGGUCCUCUGCUGGAUCGUCUCACAGUGCCAUAAAGAGCUGCUAGGCUGUGGAGAGGGCAGCCCACAAACCAUCACAGAUGUCUACCUCAUGAUCUUACAGCACUUUCUUCAGCACCAAAGCUCAACAAAGAACACUGAUGGGUUCAAGUGGCUUCAGGAACACAAAGACACAGUCCUGCAUUUAGGGCAACUUGCCUUUAAGGGGAUUGGAACCUCUUGUUACGUCUUCUCUGGUACUGAGUUGGAGACAUGUGGGGUUUCUGAAAAGGAUGUCAGCUUGGGUUUUCUUAUACAAAGCCGGGACAUGUCCUUUGACAACAGUAAACGCUACGAAUUCCUUCAUGUUACCCUGCAGUGUUUCUUUGCUGCACUUUACAUUGUUGUGUCAAAUAACACAGACCGCUCAACUAUCCAAAAGCUCUUUGAGCUAAGGUACAUGAGGGAAGCAGGUCAGAGCAGCGUAUGCUUCAUGGCCUGCCUCCCUUCCUCUGAGAAACAAGAGUUUGUUUUAGGGGGAGAAACUACAGCAGCAGAAACACCAAAUUUGCAAAUCACAGCCACCUUUGUGUCUGGACUACUGUCCCAGCGCCAUCGAAGCCUGUUCAUCCCCUGCUGCCCCAGUACUGCAAUGGAGAAGAGGAGCAGACAGGUGUGUAGAUGCCUAUCUAAAGGCAUGCAGAAACACUUUAAGUCCAUCCCUCAACCUGUAGAAGGAGAAAAGAAGAGCAUGCACGCAAUGCCAGGCUUUGUCUGGCUUAUCAAGUGCAUCCAUGAGAUGCAGGAGAGCCAGAUUGCUAAAGGUGUCAUGAGUAAGCUGGAGGUGGACCACUUGAAACUGACCUACUGCAACAUAGGUCCAAUAGAGUGCACCGCAUUGGCCUAUGUUCUCCAGCAUUUAAAGAACCCAGUCGGCCUUCAACUGGACAACAACUCUGUGGGAGAUGUUGGAGUAGAGCAGCUUCUUCCCUGCCUGCACAUUUGUUAUUCCCUGUACCUCAGGAAUAAUAACAUUACAGAUGAGGGGAUCUGCAAACUGAUAGCCAAAGGAGUCAAGUGUGGGAACUUCCAAAAGAUUGCGCUCUUCAACAAUAAGCUAACGGAUGCUUGUACACUGCACUUUUCUCAUCUUCUGAAGACCAAGCAGGACUUCCUCUCUCUAAGGCUAGGAAACAACAAUAUAACUGCAAAAGGAGCAAAACAGUUGGCAGAGGGACUGAAAGUCAAUCAUUCACUGCAGUUUUUAGGGCUUUGGGGCAACAAAAUAGGGGAUGCAGGAGCAGAGGCCCUUGCAAGCGCCCUUGAGAACAGCAAAACUCUGGUGUGGCUAAGUCUUGUGGGCAAUGGUGUAGGCAGUACAGGAGCGUGUGCCCUCGCCAACAUCAUCAAGAACUGUACAUCACUGGAAGAGCUAUGGCUGACAGAGAACUGCAUAACCAGACGAGGAGUGGAAUGUCUCGUUGAAGCCCUUGCACAGAACACUCAUGUGAAAUCAGUAUGGUUGAAAAACAAUGACCUCAGUUUGGAAGAAGUUGAGGAGAUGACACAACGUGAACCAAGGCUGGUCUUCUGAUAGUGCAUUAGGUUGUCAAUGGACUUCAUAUAGCUUAAAAGACAGUUGCUAUUUAUUACAGAACAUGUUUUAAAUAAAAAUGUAAAAUAUUUUCUAAA